CUUUGAAUACAAUAACAUCCCCGACCUUCCCGAACCACCUAACGAACCCAUAAGCUGAACAAUUGCCUUCGGCAGAAGCUCUCAGCUCGAGAGAGACCUUUAAAUUCUCCCUUGCGUAAAGCUUUAGCGCUCGUGAGGCGUGUUACGUCAGCGUGUUUACGGUGAAUGAGCGAGUAGAGAGGAAGUGCGUGCAUGCAUGCAUGCAUGAGGGAGUGAGUGAGGGUAGCGAGGUGUAGGCCGCGAGUGCUCGAGUCUGUUGGGUGGGUUGGGGGCUUUCGUACAUCAUCCUCGCCAUGGCAACACACCCCUGAUAUGAAGGGAGGGAGCCUGGUGCUGACGUGGGCCAAUGAGAAGCGAGAUUUCCAGUGACGUAAGGAGAGUUCGUUGGGCAUCCAACAAAAGAGCACGCGUCCAUCAGCUGAUGCAAGGACCCCUUCGUUUCACUUUCCGUUGCUGCAUUCUUCGUUCGUCUCCAACUCUGUCCAACCCAGUGCCUUCUUCCACCAGUCCAAUUCUCUUCAACGAUUGACCUGCUUGGAUCGAUCAGGAGAUAAGACAGAAGAUGCUUACGAAGCUUCUUGGGAUGUGGUGGGGUGUUGGGUCGGGAGUGGAGAGCCACCAAGGCGAAGAGCCUCAGCUGCCCCUCUCCACCACAGAGGAAGAAGGCUGGGAAGUCAUCACCCCUUUCACACCCAGCGAAGGGGAAGAUGUGUUGAAUGCGGAAGGCGGUUCCUGGUCCAUGGUGCAUUUAGGACUGUCUCAGUCCUCGGGUUCAUGCCUGCCCUCGUCCUCUCCCACCUCCUCCCCGGAUGUGGAACCGGAGAGAGAUGAAGGAAGAGGUGAAACGGGGGUGGAAUCCUCGAACCUUCCUAACUCGAAGAACCUGGGGAGGAGGAGGCCUCUACUCGUCCCACGUCCACGUGGACCACCCCCUUUUCUCGAUUCCUUGGAGAGGAGGGGAUCUAAGAGGAUGGAGAGAUGGUCGAGCAAGUCUUCGAUUACCAGGAAUAACUUUUGCCAGUUGGUAGAUUCCAGGAUCCGGGUCUCCACUCGCCGUCACCGCAUGCAUCGCAAUCCUUCUCGAGUCAACAACAAUCGCCGUUGCUGAUCGCUUCGCUUCAUUCACUUACACUCUCCCCUUCUUCCUCCCUCCCUCCCCCCCUCCAUUUAUUUAUUCAUUUUUGUGUGUUUUCUUUUCUUCCAUCCUUGUGUAGUCAAGUCGGGUCAUAUCAGCACCUGUAUCUCAGAUGAGAAGGAAAAUCGAUAGGCUUGUACUUGAUCUGCCCGUCCAGUGACAUCUCUCAUAGGCUCCCAUAUUACAAGUGAUUGACCUCAGCCCUCAGACUUGAAAGUACUCGCUAUCAUCUGAGACACAAAAUUCGCCUCCCUGAAACGUGCAAAGUGGAAAUGAAAGCGAGUUGUACUCUGAUCUAUUAUGCAGUGAAAAUUGGCUCUAGACCUGCAGCUGCGGCAUCCCUCCAUCUGGGUUCGCCCCUUCAAAAAAGUGCAGCUGUUCAUCUACAAAAGGAAUUCUUUUUUCGAGCUCUUUUCUAUAACGACUGACAAAAAUGUUAGAUGCAGUAUAUCCUGCUUUGCAUUACCUCUCUCCCUCCUUUGCUCCCUGUAGAUUGCUGUCUAAUUGAAAAGGACUACUUCGUUGCUUAACGUAGAUCCUAUUUCUGCAUGAAUUUCGCAUCGAAAUACCUGAAAUGACUUAAGUUGUCCAUUUCAUUCAUUGUUAAAAUAGUGACACGGACUGUGCAAGCCCUGUGAUAGAGCCCCCUGCUUCAUUUCCCUCUAUGGCUUCCAUUGUUCCAUGCGUUAUGCAGAUGAGAUAAUCUCCAUUUCAUGAGUUUACAAGAUUUAAAUAAAAGCCUUGUAUGUAUGGGAAGAUGAUGUUAGAUAGUGCAAGGUAAGCACAUGCAUGUUGUAGUGUGCAGUAAGCAUGGAGGGCACAGAACAUUAUGUCUGCCAUCUAUCUGAAAGUGUCUCGCUGCAACUUGGAGCAUUUGGUUUCUUUUAAUAUCAACUGUUAUGUUAUUCAUGGCAUUAGUUUUUGUUCUGAUUUAUUAUCUCAUGAGGUAUUCAUCUGUUGAAUUUUUAUUUCCUUUUAUUCUAUAUGUUUGAUUCCAGCUAUUUAAUUCAGUCUAUGCACUCGUGCUGUCAAUACCAUGUAUGGAUGUAGGGGUACUUGUACUUGAAGGAGAUCUUAUUGUGUGGAAUGAGUGUUCAAUGUGAGCUAUGGACUUAUGUGUUCCUGGUCUUGUGGAAAUGAAAUAUGAUGCAAUAUGGAGGCAUUUCGCUUCUGUAAUAGUUCUGAGAAUGCUCACUGAAUUUCUCCGUGUAUAGUAAACCCGGUCUCUCAAUCCAGUCUGGAUAUCUAGUCUGUUUGUCUUCAUUAUACUCUUCUUUAUGCAAAAAGCAGAAAACAGCUGAUCCUUGCUCAUGCAUCGAUGAGUCAACCACAGGUUUGCUGUGAUGGGACUCAUGCAUGGGGAAUUUUGUUUUUGGGGAGUUGGGAAAAUGCCCCUUGCACAACAGUGUUCCUUUCAUCAGAUCAUGCACCUCAGAUUCUUCAUUAUUGAGUUAUGAAUGUUCAGAAGACGAUAUGGUGAGCGUAAAGGUUCAAAAGAGAAAGAAUAAACCACCG